AUGGGUUUCCAACGCUCAAUAUUCUAUCUCUUAUCCACCAUAGUGUUGGUUGGAACAGUCUACUCGGUGCUAUACGACACAUACCUUGAUACCUCGGACCCCUUCCUCACCCAUCUGCCUCACCCUCUCAGCCAUUCCCAUUACUUUGCCUCCAAGAAGAACUGGCUCAACGUUUAUUUCAUCAAGAAAGCAUGGGGCUGGACGUCCGCAGUCUUCCUCUUGAACUGGCUGACAACGCCCACAUUACCAGCGUCACCAGCGUCAUCGCCUAACGCGACCCGAACAACAACACGGACAUCCAACCGCCUCCUCCUCACGUUCCUUACACUCACUGCAGUUUGGAUCCUGUUCACGAACUGGUUCUUUGGUCCUGCACUCCUCGAACGCGUUGUGCUGGCCUCUGGAGGCCAAUGCAUGCUUCCAGGUCCAGGAAACACCCCCCUCGUCCUCCCCACUGAAUACUGCUUUACCAAAUCCACAAUUUCAGCUGAAUCACACCCAGACCUCUUCCAAUCCCUAUUCACCACCCCCAAUGUCAACAAAGACGGUAGCCCUGGCCUCAACUCAGAAGCAGUAGGAGUCGCCACCUUCACCUGCCCUCCCACCGAACCCGACUGCAUCCAAAAUAUUCGCGGUAUACCCCGAUUGCGUAAAGGACACGACGUCUCGGGACAUUUGUUCUUGUUGACGAUGAGCGUUCUCCUGUUGAGCAAGCAGCUCCAAGUUUCUCUCGGCGUCUCGAGGUCGCAGGGAGCGUGGUCGACGUUGCAUACUUUUGCCGUGGCUUUAAACGGAGUGUUGCUGGGACUUUGGUUGUUGGCUAGUGCGACGACGAGUGUCUAUUUCCACUCUCCCUGGGAGAAAUUGACUGGCUUCCUGCUGGGUGCUGUGGGAUAUGCCGUCUCCCAAGCGGUGACGUCAGUCAUCCUCCCAGAACCAGCUGGCGCUUACACCAGGACCAAAGUUCAAUAA